AUAUUAUAUUAUAUUAUAUUAUUAGUAUUUUAGUAAUUUAUCUUUUAAUGUGUCAUAAAUUGAUUUUAUUUGUAAAUAUUCAGGGAAAAUGGAAAAACUUGAGAUACAUCCACAUAUAUUAUGUAAACAAAACUUUUGUUUUGGAUGUGAUUAAUCGUUUGGCAGCAGUAAUUAAAUAGUAAAAAAUCAUUAUUACCAAACUUUUUUUUUUUUUAUUAAUUUGUUACAUAUGAUCUGGUAACCUACCUUACAAAAUGCAGUGAGUAAACCCAAAACAGACUAUACAAAACAUGAGAGAGAGAGAAAGAGAAAGAGAAAGAGAGAGAGAUUUCAGUACCACUUUCUCAGAAACGCAACCAAAACUGAAUAAUAAAUAAGGUGAGGCAGGCAAGGUGGAGCUACAUUUAAACCAAGCCAGAUGCAAGAGCAAGACAUUUUGUUCACUCCAUAACUGGAUGGUUUUGACAUCCGUUGGAGGGAAUUUAGAGAAGUUGGACAGUUUUCUAUUUUGAAUACUUGCUAUGUCGCAGAUUACAUCUUCAUUUAGAAGGACCAGACGGGUUCAAAGAUACAGACCCUACGUGAAGCAUCAGCACAGGGGACAAAGAGGUGAUCAAUGGAGCCCCUUACUGUAUAUGAUUAUUACAGAUUUACAUUCACACAGCAUAGUUGAAGAGCCUGGCUUCUUCCAUUUCUGCAAGUCCGUGAGCGAAAGAUUCCAACAUCCACCAACAUCUACCGAUACACUUUUAAAGCUUGAACAGUUGUUUUCCAAAACAAUACAAAGUGUGCAAGAAUGCUUAGAAAGUGUAGAUACGGUUGCAUUGUCUUCUGAAGUGUGGAACACCUCCACAAACAAAACCUAUAUGACCACUACCUGUCACCUGAUUGAUAAUGCAUGGACUCAGCGAUCGUAUGUUUUGGAAACCACACCUCUACCCGAAGAAUAUAAACCCAACAAUUUUGUCGGACAGCUUUUGAAAAUAGCAGCUAAAUGGAGAAUUGAAAACAAGAUUAAAGUGGUAGUGACGAAUGAAGAUGGGAUAAGAAGAGACAUCAAAAAUGCAGGAUUGGAUCUCAUACCCUGUUUCGCCAACACGCUCGAUUUGGUCUUCAAGGAGGCUCUCGAGGCGUCUUCUGACUGGAAAGAGCUGGUGCAAAAAUCUUGUAAAAUAUCAGAGUAUUUUUGGAACGUCGAAGCACAAGGUAACCUCAAGAAGGCACAAAUAGUGCUGCAGUUACCGCAACAUAACCUGGCUCGGUCCAAAGGUGAUAAAUGGCUUUCUACGCUAAACAUGCUAGAACGAAUCUCAGAGCAGCAUGAGGCCAUACGCCAAGUGCUAAUUGAAUUUAACAUUGACUUAUUGUUAAGCAAGCAUGAAUAUAAAAACGUAACAAAGAUAACAACAUCCCUCAAGGCGUUCUGGGAAGUCGUAUCACCAACAAAACGAUACCACUCACUGUCAAACAUUAUACCACAGGUGGAAGCCAUAAGGAAGAAGCUAAAAGAGCUGCAGAGCGGAAAUGAGUUCGCUAAGGAAUUAGCACAGCGUUUAAAUCAUCACUUCAGUAGAGCCAAAGAAAAUGACUGGUUGACAUUGAGCACCGCUCUUGACCUGAGACACCGAGACAUCUCUCUCUCUGAGAAGAAGACUUCCACCCGCAUUAAGAAAACGAUCACUGCCGAAAUGAAACACCUGGAUGAAGAGAAUCAAGGGAGGAGCUUUAGACGGCUGGACAAUUUCGAGAAGGUUCUGAGGAGAUACUUGGAAAAGGAAAUGUUGCAGAGCGAUUGGGAUCCUCUUGCAUUCUGGAAGUUCCCAAAAGAUGAAGACUGGUACCUGAGUGAAGUUGCACGCAAAUACCUGGCUGUCGUGUCUACCGUGGUCCCGGCUGACGUGGCCUUUGACGUGGAGAAAGCCAAACACGUGGCCAGUCGAAGGAGCAGCUUGGAUCCAGAACAUCUAAAUAUGAUGCUGUUUCUAAAUGGCAACUGUUUCCUCCCCUAACUCAUUAUUUAACAAAUGGGAAAAUGAUUCAAGUCUGUCUGUUGUCAUUUUAGCUAUUAUUGUCUAUCAUGCUAUCAGCGUAACGAUUAAUAUGUAUUGAAAGAGAUAUAGGGGUUAAUUAAAGGAUUUUUGGGUCCCACUUUAAAUUAGGUGGCCUUAAUUAAUGUGUACUUGCAUUUAAAUGAAUAAUUUGGUACAUUGCACUUAUAUUUAUAGAAAUAGCUAUAUGUAAUUUCCAUCAAUUUCUUACACCGUAACCCACCCUUAAACCUACCCAUACCACCAAACCUGUCCCUAACCUUACCCAUAUCCCACCUCAAUAGCAGCAGAAGUAAUAAGUACAUUAUAUUUAUUUUUGUGAUGAUAGUACAUAGUAGUUAAGGCCACCUAAUAUAAAUUGUGACUAAUUUUUGUAUUUAGGAAGUAUAUAUUUUGUAUUAGCCAUCAUUGUCUUAUCAUGAAGCACAUCACAUAUAUAUAUAUAUAUAUAGUGGAUAUAGUGGUUAAUUAAGGUAUUUCUGUAUUUAGAGUAUUUACUCUGUUAAUUCAAUAGUCAAUUAAUCAGUGAAACAUGUAGAGUUUGCAAAAAACAACUUUUAUUAACUUUUCUUAUUAAAGAUUAAUUAGAAUUGACACACAAUUAAACAUUUUUUGCUAAUGAACUCUUCCUAUAUUAUUCAUGAAAAUUACUUUGCCUGUACUUUCAUUUUACAUAAUUUCUUGACAAAAUUGUGCUGAGGAAAAAAAGUGUACUUAUUUGUAAUAUAAAGCUGUACUUGUAGAAUGAGGAUUGACCACAAGAUGGCAGUAGGAACAUUUAUGAUAUACACCUAGGCUUAAACAAAAGAAUAUUUAUAUUUAUUUUUUUUUACAUUAAUCAGUCAAUGCAUUUAAAGUUACCUCACGGUGUUCUUAACUUAUCGUUCAUGUUAACCUUCCACUGCCCCAAUUCAAUUCACAUGAAAAUCCUAACACUAUUUCAGUCAGAAAGCAUUUUAAAAAUCAGUGCAGUCUCGGUAGAUCUGUUCUCUUCUUGUUGCAUGCUUGUAGAGAUCUUUACAGUUACUAAGACCGAUUAUCUCCUUUUUAAAUUAUUUUAAUUACUUCCACCCAUCAAGACCAACUUGCUUUCUGAAAUCUAAUAUUUGAGGGAAUUUAAUCAGUACAGAUCUGUUGGAUUAGCACAAAAAGUGCACAGUGCAAAGUCAAAUUUCCCUGAGUCAACACACUGGAAUAGCUGUGAUACAGUAGAUUUUUUAGCCUGAGGAUGGUUAUUAAGUACAACGCUGGAGAACUACAACAUGAAUGAACUUGCUCAGGUAUUUUGUUUUACUCUUCAAUGAUGAUUGACAGUCAUGAACAUCAGUACAAAUUACAACCCUUUGGUGAAGUUUAUCAGCCUUUUCUUUUAUUGAAAAAUAUAACCGUUAUUUUGCAAGGGAAAGUGAGGCAGGUCGUUAUAUAUAUUAUUUCAGUACAGAUCAAAAAAACCAAAAAAACAACCAGCAAAUACCUGGAAAUUAAAGAUGUUUUAUACUAUACUUUAGUGUUCUGUCACCAUUUUCUGUAGCAACUGUAGGAAGUGUUAUAAAUUAUUACAAACCUGUGUGCAUAUAGUAAUCAAGCAAAGAAACUAUAGAUACCUCUAUGCCAUUGUAUACGGAUGGUAGCGUUUUGUCUCAGUAAGCUUAGAUAGAAGUAGAAGUAUUAAUGGCCUGAAAGAAAACUACUCAAAACCUGUAGAGGGAGCCCUGCUGCUCUGAAAAACUGUUACAGUCCAGCGUUCCAGCUCACUUUCAGUCCCACAAAUCCAGUUCCGGACAUCUGGUCUUCUUCAGAAGCUUUGCAUGCAGUGUGAUAUCUCCACGACCGCUUCCUUAAACCAUAAAAUUAACAAAAUUGGACAACAUAAGAGAGGAAGAGAAGGCAUUGGCACAUCUGAUUAUCCUCCAUUUGUGGUUGCAGACAAAACGGCAAGAUGCAGCAUUUCAACCAGAUAUAAGGCAACACAAGCCCCUCGUACCCCAUUUAUGAAGCCCUUUUCCAAACCGUCCUACACCCACCCUGAAAAACACCCUAAAAACAUCUUUCUAGAGCUUCUAUAAAUCAUACCUUACUUGUUCCACUGUACAAACAUGCUGAUUUCACAAACCAAAGAAAAACACUGACAGGUGAGCAAAGAAAUAAUGCAGUCUUGGAGUGGUAAAGCUGAUACGAAACCUAACCGAGCUCACAGAAUGAAGGUAAAAGGCCACAGAGAGAUCUGUACAAAAAAACUGAAAACGACAAAUUCUUCGGUUCCUAGUGCGCUUAUAUAAAUGUCAGAUUACAGGGCCAACACUGUUGACUAAACAAUAGCA